GAACUUUCAAGAGCUUCUAACAGACACAGACAUGUGAAGAAGAAGGCUUGCGGAAAUAUGUUAACAUGAAGAACAUAAUCGUUUCUGUAUUACUCGUGUGCGGUGUGUUUAGUGUUGAUGCAGAUGAAGUGAAGUCAGUGUCAGUGAUGGAGGGAGAUUCUGUCACACUACACACUGAUCUCACUGUCAUACAGACAUCUGAUGUGAUACGGUGGAGGUUUGGAGAAGGUGAAUCCAGGGAUCUUUUAGUUGAUAUUGCUAAUAACAAUAUUAGUUAUAAUGGUCCAUUCAAAGACAGACUGCACACAGACAGUCAGACUGGAGAUCUCACCAUCACAAACAUGAGAAUCAAACACUCUGGACCCUAUGAAGUACAGAUCAGCAGAGCUACAACAACAUACAAGAGAUUCAGAGUUACUGUCACAGAUGCUCCAAGUGUUAUCAGUGCUGGUGCAGAUGAUGUGAAGUCAAUGUCAUCGAUUGUGGGAGAUUCUAUUACUCUACACACUGAUGUCCAGACACAGAGAGAUGAUCUGAUACUGUGGAGGUUUGGAGAUUAUUGUGUUCUCAUAGCCAAAGAUGAUAAAGAAGACAAUAAGAGCUCAAUAUAUGAUGAUGUCUUGAUGGGAGAUUCAGAGACAGACUGAAGCUGGAUCCUCACACUGGAUCUCUCAUCAUCACAAACACCAAAACCACAGACACUGGACUUUAUCAACUGAAGAUCAGCAGCAACAACAAACAAACCCUACACAAGACAUUCAGGGUUUCUGUCAGGGAUAGAGGUCUAUCUUCAGGAGGUGUAGUUGGAAUAGUGUUUGGUGUCCUGCUGUGUAUUGUUGUUGGUGGGAUUGUGUUUCGCCACAUUAUUUAUGAACAACAGAAACGAAUGGGUGAGUUUCAUCUUCAGCUGAUACUGUAAUAAGAAAACGGAUAGAUUCAGUGGGUUAAUACAAAGAUAUUAAACUAUCUAUCUAUCUAUCUAACCAUCCAACCAACCAUCCAUCCAACCAUCCAUCCAUCCAUCCAUCAAACCAUCCAUCCAUCCAACCAUCCAUCAAACCAUCCAUCCAUCCAUCCAUCUAUCUAAGCCUCCUCAGGUGUAUUCGGAUGAUACGCCGUUCUAAUCAAUUGGGAAUCAGUCAAGAAGAAAGUUAUGAAAAAACGCUAUUAUAACAUAAUAACAGUGUUUUUACACCUUGUAUGUAAAUAAAUGUGUUAUUGGACAUAACAUAAACCAAAAAAGGACCUUUAAAAUCAAGGAAUAUUUACUCUUUAAAAACACUUAAAAAAAUGUUGUCAACUAGAAAAGACUACAUAAUUCAACAGACAGUUAACUUAGGGUCCAUUCAUAAUUGUAGUUCGGUUCUUUUAGUUUUUGUUUGGUGACACUGUCGAGGACUUCUCCCAACAGUUUUUGCCUGCUCCUCUGUUCCUCCUGCACCGGCUCUGGGGCCCCCUUCUCAGGUGGCCCCCCUUGGAGUGAGGACUUCACAGAGGAAAACAUCUACUCAUCCCAGUUCAAGCCGGGCCCUUUUCAGGGUCUGAUGCCCACUUUCUCACAAAAAGAGCUUCCUUCCUCCUUGGGAUUUUACAGCAUGCAGCAGCCUCUACCACGACGUUGCAACAGGCCAAUCUCGCAGCCUUCAGCACUCUCCUAUCGACGGUGCAUCGUGCUGCAAACACUCAAGGCAGUUAAAGAGAAGACUGUGCUUGAGAACUGGAGUUCUGUCACUCUUGAGUCUGAUGUCACUGAACUCCAGUCUGAUGAUGUGAUCGAGUGGAGCUUUAGAGAUAAAGUGAUAUACAAAUUCAGUUCGGGCAGCAAGAUCUUUAAUGAUGAACAGAUAUUCUUGGACAGAGUACAGAUGGAUGAUCAGACUGGAUCUCUCACCAUCACAAACAUCAGAACAGAAGACGCUGGACUGUAUAAAGUAAAGAUCAGCAGCAGCAGUCGACUGAAAUCAUUCCUUCAGUUCAUCAUCAGUAGAGGACCGUCAUACUCUCAAUUCAGUGUUAUUGUCACAGUGAGUAAAGUGGAAAACACUUCUGUCACUCUGAACACUGGUGUUACUGAACUACAGUCAGAAGAUGUGAUCCAGUGGAGGUUUGGAGAAACUCUCAUAGCUCAGAUCAACAGAAGGAAUGACACAUUGUCUACAUACGAUGCUGCUCUUGAUGGGAGAUUCAGAGACAGAUUGAAUCUGGAUGAUCAGACCGGAAAUCUCACCAUCACAGAUCUCAGACCAGAACACACUGGAGACUAUAAACUGAGAGCAUGGGCUUCAUAUACUGUUGAUGAUGUUCAGUUGAACGUUUAUGUCAGGGAGCGGAAAGAAGCAGUAGCGUUGGGAGGUUCUGUCACUCUUAACAUGGAUGUUGCUGGAAUACAGAGAGGUGAUGUGAUUCGGUGGAGAUUUGGAGAUGAAGAAACUCUCAUAGCUGAAAUGACUGUAGGGACUAAACCCUCAUAUGUCUCAACUGAUGAGAGAUUCAGAAACAGACUAAGGCUGAACCCUCAGACUGGACAUCUCACCAUCACAAACAUCACAUCUGAACUCUCAGGAGUUUAUAGAGCAAAGAUCAGCAGCAGGAGUAGAGGAACAGAAUACAGAACAUACAGGGUCUUCAUCUCUGUGUUCGCUUACAAGAGAGAAUCUGUAACUCUACACACUAAAAGUCAAAUGCAGAGAGAAAGUGAGAUCAAGUGGAUAUCUCAAGAUAAAACCACUCUAGUAACUGGAAUAAAUGGAGAAUACAGAGAGAUCAACUAUACAGAUGACGUCAUAUUCAGAGACAGACUGGAGAUGAAUCCUCAGACUGGAGAUCUCACCAUCACAGACAUCAGACAGACAGAUGAAGGACUUUACACGUUACAGCAGAUCAGCAUUGAUGGAAAGAUCUCAUACAGAAUAUUCCAGGUUUGGGUCUGGGGUGACACUUUAAAUUCUGAACAAGCAGAGAUCAGGAAUCAAAGAAAAUAAUCUACAACACAAGUGAUGCCUUUACUGAAUGAAGCAGAAGAUAGAUUUUGAUCAGCUUAUAGGUGCUUAUUAUUACGAUCAGUUCUGGUCCUUGAUUUCUAUUGACUGAGACCAGUUCUUAGCUGUUAUAACUGCUGACUGCAUUAUUAAUAUCACUUUAUUAACUAUUUACUAACUUUAUUAAACCUUGCUACACAUAUGGAAUAACUGUUUUAUAAAUCGGCGGUGCGUUACAGUGCAUUUUGUUACAGCUUAGGGGGUUUAAAUGACCAAUUUCCCCCAAAACAAAAGAUAUUGCAUCAAAACAAAACCACGAACCUCCAAAAAUAAAUAAUAAAUAAAGCCAAUAUCCACUAAGUAUUUAGAGCAUGAUAGCAUUCUAAGAAAAAUUACGGAAAAACAUCAUACAGCAUCGAGCACUUUGAUAAAAAGCACGAGGCCUGAAUGAACAGUUUACUGAGAUAUAAAACAUACUUAAAAUGCGAUGUGACGAUGUAACAAUGAAUGGUCAGGACGGAAGACUCAAUGACUAUAUAACGCUUGCAUCUCUAUUGGUCGACAUGAAUCAGCUGACGCGAACCCCACUGACGUGGCCUUCCAGAACCAACAGCAAACACCCGAUACUCCUUAAAAGAUAUGUGUAUAUCCAUAUGAACACAUUGUAACACAUAAAUAACACUGUUAACACGCACUUUUAGAAGCAGCGCUCUUGAAUGGAACAAACUUUCGAGUUUUCUAAACACUUUAUGCAACUUCGCCACAGCGUACUGGUAUACCUUGAAAUUGCAAUGUUAUCCUAAGCUUACACUGCCUAUUAAUAUAACACAUAACAUACUACUCUUAGUUAUUGGUGUGCAAUACUUGCACAAUCAUUGCGCUACACACAUGCAUAGUAAUGUCAGCACUAUGGAAGCAUAUUGGUUGCAAAAUUCAAUUUGAAAUGCAAUACUAAAAAUGGCGAUGCAGCAUGUGAAAUGACAAUGCAAUUGUGUAUUUAAAUAUACUUUUUAAUAACAUAUUUUGCAACAUUAGGUGCAAAAUGAAAAUAAAAAUUCAAUAAUAUCAAUUACAUAAGUCAGAAUCACCACAAAAGCGCAGGUAAAUGCUGGACAGCAGCCGGGUAGCACAUACCCCCUAAAACGCUAUCCUUGAGGCUUCCUGGAUGUUUGCUUGAGUUCGUCAUGGGGUCUGUGGGUCGUGGGAUGCGUGGAGCUCCUGUGAGUGGGGGGUCUGCUGUGAUCGUGGAUCGAGAUCUUGCUCCUGCAAAGUGGCUGAUGCUGUUGUGUUUGUUGAUUUAGGAUCUGUUGGUUCCUGCUGAGGCGUAGGUCCUGCUAAUAGGAGCCUGCUGAGUAGUGUAAUGUAGAAGUGCGACCCUCGUGAUGGGCCACGUGCAGUGGUGAUGUCUGGAUUUCUGGAAUUGACUCUGCUGUGGCAGAACAUGGUAUGAAAACGUGGGUGGAAGUGGCUGGUGUGAGAUUUGUGUCUUUGAUUAUUAUUUGGGCAAGAUGCAGGCCCGGAUUGGCUAAUCGGGAGCACCGGGAGAAUUCCCGUUGGGCCGGUCUGUUUUUUUGGCCGUGAGGGCCGGUGUUGUCAUGGCAUGGUUGAAAUGUGGAUGCUAUUGUUCCUAGGCUGCCUGCACUCACAGCGGCCCUAAUCUUUAUAUUUAUUAUUUUACCGCAGCCCCACUCAGAGUGCAGCCUGAGGGUUAAUGAUGACGUGAUUAUCUUUUGACUCCCUGGCCCCGACAGCGACACUGCAAGUUGCUCAAAAUAGAAAACCGUCAGAAAUAAAAAUGGAUAACAGAAAGCGCAAACGCGGCGCUGAAAAGGCCAGAAUAAAAAGAAGAAAGCUCUGGAAACUGACGCGGCCAAAUGUUCUAAGCUGACCACAUUUUUUCUCAAAACAAAUGAAGACGACGAGACGGCCGGUAAGCUAACGGAGUUCGCUUUGGGUGAGCGCGAGCUCAUUUCGCGUGGCCGGAUGCUCAACAUUUUUUGUGACUCGAGCGAACAGUUCUAGCGAAGCCGCAGUCAACAUGAAAGCUUUGAAGAGAUUUUGGCUGAACAUGUACGCCUGUACAGACAUCUUUUAUCAUCAGUGUGUCUGUUUUAUAUUGUAUUCAGAAUAAAACAAUAUUUAUAAACAUUGCUCUUUUGAACAGUUCUUAUAUAUUCUCAUUUUAUAUAACAUAAAGACAUCCAAUAGGUUAAUCUAUGGCAAUGUACAUUUAGCAGUCCCUAACCAACAAUAUGUAGAAAUGUGUCUGCAUUAUGCACAGAAAUGAAAGAGUGAACAAAAAGUUUGAUAUAAAUUUUUUAUUAAAUCAACAAACAAUAGUUCGAAAUGCAUUUCAACGUCCAUCACACGCAUCUGCUUCACAAGAGCGAUGUAUUCUACAUCUCCACGUUUUGUGGCAUGCAGUGGGAGAAUAUUCCAUCUCCUUUUUAGCCCUUUUUUUUUAUAGCAGUAACAACACAAAAUCUCCUACGUUUCCUUGUCGAGCAGCUGCUCGCAAGACGCCAUUCUGAAUGAUCUGACGUAAUUCCGUUAAAAUUCCUACUUUUCUUCUACAUCCUGCGGAUUUACAGGACGAUUUCGUUUGUGCGCCCCCUGUUGUUUCAAAGAAUAUCUAAACGGCGAACGCGUCAAGUAUAAACGUCUCGUCCGUUUCGGGAGUUGCGCGCGUAGACAGCUGAGGCUCGCGGAAAGGAGCCAGGCUCGUGUAUAAACAUGCGUUUAUUCAGAGGAAAAAGAGAUGAAACAAUCAUUAGAAAGUUACAUUGUGAACAAAAGUCAGAUAAAAGUGCAAUACUUUUUUUAUUAUUUAACUAAUGUUCUCAUAUUUGUGAAAAAUAUUUGAAGUUGUAAAGCAGCCGUAUCAUUGAAAAAGAAAUUAUAGUGUCAUUAGACAGUGCAAUACAUUUGAUUUUUAAUCUUUUUUAAUUUAUUUUGUUUUAUGUUUUUGUUAGAUUUUUUUCCUCAUUUCAAUGUUUGGAUAUUUAUGAACACUAAUUCUUAAAGAAAAUAGAUUCUGAUACUGUCCUGUUAUUUACUGUUCUAAUAAAUCUUCACUGUGACGCAAAAUUUAGGCUACUGUAUUUUCACUGAAUUGGAAAUUAUGAUAUUUUUGAAAAAUACAAUGAAUUAAAAGUAUGUAGAGAACAGUGCGCUAUUGCAGACUUAUAUUCUGAGGUUUUAAUUAUCAUUAUUUAAAUCUAGUCAGGGGUGAACUAAAGUGGGCCGGUCUAAGGCAUGAAACUCAAUGGCUGAAAAUGAGUCCUAAUCCGGCCCUGGCAAGAUGUAAAUGAGAACGUCACCCUGUGGAGAAACAUAUGCCGCUGGAUGUUAUCUAAAAUGUAUAUUUAAAUACACGAUUGCAUUGUCAUUUUACAUACUGCAUUUCAAAUUAAAAUUUGUUACCAAUAUGCUUCCUCCGUGAGCAAUGAAAGUCGAGACGCUAUAAAUAGACCUGAAAUAAGCUAUUAUUCCUAUUAAUCCAAUGUUGAAUAUUAUUGAGCUGGCGAAACUUUAGGUUGUGCAGUAGUGCGAAGUGCGAAACAAAGUGAACGGAGGUGAAGCUAAACAUAUAUGCAAAUGAGCUUGCAAGGACAUGCAUAUAUCUGAACACAUGUGUAGAACGAAGUAAAUCUUAAAUGACAUAUUAAAACCCAAACACAGCUUACAAACAUCUGGAUGAGCUGCAAAAGCACGUAGCAUAUCUCCAAAGACUUUGCGAUCUUCAUGAUGAAUGUACAAAUCAGUUUUUGAUUAUGUUUAAUCUUAAUUGUAAUUGUAAUUGAACAAAUUAUUAAGUAAAUCCAACUCAAUUUUAUUAUGGCAAACCCAUUAAAAUUGUUCAAAUGUGACCCGGGACAAGUACAUGUACAAGUAACAUUGUUAAGUAGCAAGGGAACGUUUUUAGUAAAACACAAAAAUACAUUGUAUGGGUCAAAAUUAUAAAUUUUUCUUUUAUGCCCAAAAUCACAUAUUAAGUAAUGAUCAUGUUUAAUUAAGAUAUUAUGUAAAUGUCCUGCUUUAAAUAUAUAAAAACUUUAUUUUUGUGAAUGGAUGGCCUGUCACAGGGCCUCUGAUUAACAAUUAAAAGGCAAUUUUCUCAAUAUUUUAUUUUUUUGCAGCCUCAGAUUCGUGAGUUUUAAACUGUUGUAUCCCAGCCAGAUAUUGUCCUAUUCGAUCAUCUCAAACAUCAUUAGAAAGAUUAAUUAUUCAGCUUUCAGAUUAUGUACAAAUCUAAAUUUCGAAAAAUUGACCCAUAAGGUUUUAUUGUCCAGGGUCACAAAUUAAGUUUAUUUAUUUAUUUUGUGUUGUGACUUCAUUAAUCAUUUUUGUAGGUAUAACUACUUUGGCAGUUGACCUGUAGUUCCCAGCAUGCUUUGUAUCUGAAUGCAUUAUUAGAUACAUUUUCAAGAUUAAUUGUCAUGUUAAGUGUUUUUCAGUAAAAAGAAAGACUUGUUCGUGUUUUUUUCUUCAUUUAUCUUUGAGAUUUAGGAGAGCGUUGGCAUUAUUUUUAAGUUCAGGUUUUUAAGUUACCGUUGUUUAGAAAAGCGGUGUUUGUGCCUUGUCAUGAAUUGUGAUAUUUCACUUCUUGAGUAGAAACCGUGCCAAUGUCCGUACAGAGACCACCAGUCUCUUCUUACUUGACCAUCUAUGUAUUAAAUAAAAUAGUAAAUUUAAAUAUGUAGUUCAAUAUGUAACAAAUGAAUGAGUGAAGUGUUCAGGAAUAAUAUCAGAAUGUCUUGUGGUGUCUUUGUCAUGAUCAGUGUAGAACUGCUGUUUGUAUAACUUACCACUAGAUGGCAGAAUUGUGUAACGUGUUGAGACGGAGUCGAUAUGGCAGAAGAUGAUAAAACAUGUGCAAAGAGUUCAA